CACGCUGCUGGAGCCGCCGUCGUCGGGGGCGCUUAACGGCCCCGGGGACGCCCCGGACGACAGGCGGGUGGGCGUGGCCGCCCCCAAGAUGUUCGCCUUCGACGCCAUCUACACGGACGACGACGCGCAGUCCGAGGUGUGCGGCGGCGCGCUCACGGACCUCCUGCACGCCGUGCUCAACGGCAACGACGGCGUGCUCUUCUGCUUCGGACAUUCUCGGCAAGGCGCCGCCCGCACCAUGCUGGGCACGCCGCACGGCCCCGCCACGCUGGGCGCCGCGCCCUGCGCCGUGGCCUGGCUGUUCCGCGGCAUCUCCGAGCUGCGCGCGCGCGGCAACGCCCGCUUCUCGGUGCGCGUGUCCGCCGUGGAGGCCGCGGGCGGCGGCCGCCAGCCCCUGCGCGACCUGCUCGCCGCGCACGCCCACGACUCGGAGCAGUCCCCCGGCGUGUACCUGCGCGACGACCCGGUGCUGGGCACGCAGCUGCAGAACCACUGCGAGCUGCGGGUGCCGUCGGCCGAGAGGGCGGCGCACUACCUGGACUGCGCGCUGGCGGCGCGCUCGGACGAGGACGCGCACCUGCUGUUCACGCUGCACGUGUACCAGUACAGCGUGGCCGGCAAGGGCGGAGUGGCGGGCGGUCGCAGCAGGCUCCACCUCGUGGACCUGGGCCGCGGCGCGGCGGGCCUGCCGCUGUCCAGCCUGGGCCACGUCCUGCUCGCCAUCUUCAACGGCCAGAAGCACCUGCCGCACCGCGAGCACCGCAUCACGCAGGUGCUCAAGGAGUGCCUGUCGCCCAUCACCUGCCACGCGGCCAUGCUGGUGCACGCGCAUGCCUCGCAGGCGUACGCCGAGACGCUGGCCACGGUGCAGCUGGCGGCGCGCAUCCACCGCAUGCGGCGCCGCAAGAUCAAGUUCCCCGGCGUCAACACGGCGUGCGGGCCCGGCCUGGGCCACGGCCCCCACGGCCCCCACGACGACCUGCAGCAGCAGCGCGGCUCGGACCUGGAGCCUUCCUCCUCCGAGCAGUCGGCCGACACCGUCAUCUACGUGGGGCCCGCCACCGACGACGCGACCGACGGCGAGCACCCGCCCGUGUACCUGCCCGGGCUGGCGGACGGCGACCACCGCGGCGCCAUGGGCAGGGCCUUGCGGGGCUCCUCGGCGGAGCACCACCGGCCGCACGGGUCGCCGGGCCCGGGGCGCGCGCGCACCAAACAGACGCCGUCCAACAGCCCCAAGUCCUCGCCCGUCCGCAACGCGUCGUCCGCCAAGUCCUCCCCCGCCAAGUCGGCCGCCAAGGGCAGCACGGCGACGCAGGGCGCUGGCGGCGCGGAGGAGCGCUGGAUCGACGGGCCGCGGGUGUCCAAGUCCAGGGUGGUGGAGGCGCGGACGCUCAUCUUGAAGGAGGGCCACGCCAAGCGGGAGACCUGGGUGGACGGCCCGCUGCAGAAGGCGGGCGGCAACGGCCUCGCCAUGCUGGGCAACGGGCCCGCCUCCGGCAACUACGGCUUCAUGGACUCGCACAAGAAGUCCAUGAUCAGGCGGUGGGUGGAGAACCAGACGGUGCACAUGAAGCACCUCGGCGUCAACCUGGAGACGUCCGAGGACGUGGCGAUGGCUGCCGGGGCGGAGUCCGAGGACGACGACGGCCUGGUGGACCCCAAGUUGAUGGCGGACAGCAGGCACGGGCGCGCGGUGAACGGGCGCGCGGCGACCGGGCGCAGCGGGGCGAGGCUGUCGUCGGGGGUCCGGCACCGCCACGACGACGACCCCCGGGUGCGCUGCGCCGAGAUCCGGCAGAACGCCAGCCUGGAUCAGGCCAAGGCGACUGCCGGCUCGGAGCCGCAGCGGCCUGACCACCUGUCCCUGACGAGCACGACGACCAGCCGGCUGGCCCCGGCGCCGGCGUGCGACCAGGGCGCCCCGUGCGUCGCCGCCAACGCCCCCGUCGAAGCCGCCCCCGCCCCCCUCAACUCGGACGCCGUCGAGGUGGCCAGCGAGUGCACCAGCGUCACGGACGAAUCGGCCGCCGAUCUCAUGGACGAGGACGACGACGACGACAUGCUGCUGGAGGUGACCAACGUGGGCGACGACGUGGAGAUCAUCGAGGUCCUGGAGCCUUCCGAGCCCGUGCCGAUGGUGGACUGCUGCCUUCAGGUGACGGAGGAGGACAUCGCGCUGUGCAUGGGCGAGAACCCCUUGCCCGAGGUGGACCAGGACGGCCCGGUGGAGCACCCUCUGCGCGUGCUGUCCCAGGAGAACCUGACGGUGGUGUCGACGUUCGCGGACACGCUGUCGCUGGCCUCGGACCUGGAGUCGACGUACUGCCCGCUGCGGUCGCGCUUCGGGCCGCCGCCGUCGUUCGCCGGGGUGACGAGCAUGGCGGGGCCGGCGUGCUGCCGCCUGGACCACGGCCUGGACCACCGCCUGGACCACGGCGCGGACGGCUUGGAGCACGACGCGCGCGGCCAGCUCGCCCGGCUGCACGACCAGUACCGCACCAAGCUGGCGGCCGCCACGUCGUCGCGUCGCGCCGCCAACGCGGCCAACGCCGCCAACGCGCUGCCGUCGUCCGCGGGGCCGGGGUCGCGGUGCACGUCGCUGUCGCUGUCCGACGUGCUGCACGGUGUGGGCAGCAACGGCGCCGCCUCGGACAGCGAGCGGGACGGCGACGGCGACGGCGAGCACGCCGCCAACGACGUGGGCUCCAUCUACAGCGAGCCGCCCUACCGGCUGCAGCAGCAGCAACAGCACGCCGCCAACGGCCACGCCAACGGCCACUGCAACGGCACGCUGUGCGACAACUGCCAGCGCAGCUUCGCGCCCACGUCGUGGCACAGUCCGGCGCACUCCGCCACGCGCACGCGCGGCUCCACGCUGCAGCGCUACUACGGCAACCUGCGGCACCCCGACGGCGCGUCCAAUCCGGACCUCAAGGAGGAGGUCCUGGCGCCGGUGGCGCCGCUGGCCUCGGCCAUCGACUGCGAGGAGAUCGAGAGGAAGAUCGACGCCAAGCUCAAGGCCGCCGCCAACGGCCUGCCCCACCUGGGUGAGUACGCCGUGGCCGUGCUGCCCCUGCACGUCGCCGCCGCCGCCUCGCCCGUGGACUCGGACGAGGAGCCGGUGGUGCCGCCGCCGCUGCCCGCCUCGCCCACCUCGCGGCUGCACCAGCGCCUGCUCAGCCUGUCGGACCACUCGGCGUCGCCCAGGAGUAGGAGCAGCACCCCCGUGAGCGGCGACUGCCUGCCGUCCGGGCUGCCGGGUCUGACCACGGCCCCGGGCCCCGGGUCGGCCGCGUCCGCCGGCUCAGCGGGGUCCGGUACCGGCUCCGGCACCGGCUCGGGGUCUGGCGGCUCGGGCGGCUCGGGCAACCACGGAUCCAGCUCCGGCUACGAGAGCCUCGGCUCGGCACCGCCCUCGUGCAGUGGCAGAGACAGCCGCGAGGGUCGCGACUCUGGCAAGGAGGACGCCCCCGGCGUGUACGGCCGCGAGGAGAGGGGCUGGGCCUCGGCCACGUCCAGCCCGCGCGCCCGCCACCACCACCGCGGACCGCGGCGCGACAAGGAGGACAAGGAGGCCCUCGCCAAGCACUGGACCUACGAACGUUCCCCGACCGCCGGCUGCCUCCCUGACUCGUGGGCGUGGUGCUGGUGCUCGUCGUGGUCGGGCGACAAGUGCGACCGCCCCCGGCCCCGGCCCCUCGCCGCGCCCGCCCCCAGGCCCGCCCCCGUGGCGGCGGCAGCUGGGGCGCCGGGUGCCGCCGACGACGCGCGAUAG